CUACCUCCCAGAUAAAUCGAUUCCUAUAUUAGAAUGACACACACACACAUAUGCUUAUUUCUGAUUUGAAGGAAGGCAAUGAAAUGAAUACAUCCUCUCUCUGAAAAUCUUAGAAAAAAUGAAGGAGAUGUGGACAACCAUGGCAUCCAUAAUGGGGGUGUGGGCCUUCGGGCAGAGCCUCCUCCACACGGUGUUCCCGCCGGAGCUCCGUUUCGCCUCCCUGAAGCUCUUCCACCGCGUCUUCACCUACUUCUCCUCCUACUGCUACUACGACAUCACCGAGAUCGACGGCGUCAACACCAACGAGCUCUACAACGCUGUCCAGCUCUACCUCAGCUCCUCCGCCUCCAUCUCGGGCACCCGCCUGAGCCUCACGCGUGGCCUCAACUCCUCGUCCAUCACCUUCGGCCUUUCGAACAACGACCGCCUCAUUGAUUCCUUCAAGGGGGCCACCGUUGAGUGGGAGCACGUGGUCACCCAGCGCCACUCCCAGACCUUCUCCUGGCGGCCCCUCCCGGAGGAGAAGCGCGGCUUCACCCUCCGUGUCAGGAAAAAGCACAAACACCUCGUCCUCACCUCCUACCUCGACUUCGUCAUGGAAAAGGCCAACGACCUCCGCCGCAAGAACCAGGACCGCCUCCUCUACACCAACUCCCGCGGCGGCUCCCUGGACUCCCGCGGCCAUCCGUGGGAGUCCGUCCCCUUUAAGCACCCCAGCACCUUCGACACGUUGGCCAUGGAUCCCGCCAGCAAGGCCCAAAUCAUGGCCGAUCUAUUGGAUUUCGCUAACGGUGAAGCGUUUUACCAGAAAACCGGCCGGGCAUGGAAGAGAGGCUACUUGCUCUACGGCCCACCGGGCACCGGAAAAUCCAGCAUGAUCGCCGCCAUGGCCAAUUUCCUCGGCUAUGACAUCUACGACCUCGAGUUAACAGAAGUUAACACCAACUCAGAGCUCCGGAAGCUCCUCAUGAAGACCACUUCCAAGUCGAUUAUCGUUAUCGAGGACAUCGACUGCUCGAUUAAUCUCACUAACAGGAACAAGGCCGCCGCCGUCAGGAAGAAUAUUAGUAAUAAUAACAACAAUAGCUACGAUGUAGCGGCGUCGGGUGCAAGCGGCGGCGACGAUGGCCCUAACACAAUUACGCUCUCCGGUCUACUGAAUUUCACCGACGGGCUGUGGUCGUGCUGUGGCAGCGAAAGGAUCUUCGUGUUUACGACGAAUCACAUCGAGAAGCUGGAUCCGGCAUUGCUGAGGAGCGGGAGGAUGGACAUGCACAUCAACAUGAGCUACUGCACCUUGCCGGCGCUGAAUAUUCUCUUGAAGAAUUAUUUAGGAUAUGAUCUGGAGAGGGAGGCGGUGGAGGAAUUCGCGGCGGUGAUCGAGCCGGCAGAGAUGACGCCGGCGGACAUCAGCGAGGUGCUCAUCAAGAACCGCCGCAACAAGAGCAAGGCCGUAGCGGAAUUGCUGGAAGCGCUCAAAAUUAGGGCGGAGAAAAGCGGGAUGAAGAAAUUAGGGAAUAAAAUGGUGGGCCAUGUAGAAGAGGAAGAGGAAGAGGAAGAGGAGCAGGAGAAGAGGGCUUUGGACGAACAAUUGCAAGAAAAUAUCAAUAAAUUUGGAGAUGAAAUCUGAGUGUUUUACCAAAGGAUGAAUUUUGAGACAAAUUUGAUGUCAUUAUUGUUUUUUUCUGCUUAAAUGAAUUUAGUUAGUACCAAAUAUAUCGUACCCAAAAAUCGAAUCUUU